AUGAAGAAAGCAACUGUCAUUGGUAUUUUAUGUCUCGUGUUGCUACAAUUUUUGCAAACAGCAAGUUCCGAAGGUAGGAUAAUAAACACAGUCCAAAAUAUUAUCACAUUUAGGUCCUGUCGUAAUUGAUUCGUAAAUUUUUUCAACAUACGAAUCUGGUCGACUUGAAUUUAAUCAAAAUUCACUUGCUAGGAGAUGGGGAAGGUAGGAGAAUUCCUUUUAUGUCGUAGUUGUAAAGCACUCGUUUUUUUCCCAUUUCAGAAAUAGUCCCAGCUUGAUAACUUCUUACAUUACCAAAAAUAUCUCAGUAUAUGUGACUUUGUGGUAACAAUUUGUGGUAACAAUUACGCUGUCUCCAUCGUGUGUGAAAAGCUUAAGAAGAAAAUGCAGAGCAUGAAUACUCACAACACUUUCUCAUUUUUACAUUUAGACAUAAACGUGGCUUACAAAAGACCAGUACAAACCAAUUUGAGAAGCCAUCAAUCUUACGGAUACGCUCAUGAAGCGGUGGACGACAGUAAAUUCGGCAUGAAAGAAACCUGCUUUGAAAGUUUAAGAAAGUUCAAAAACCCUUGGUUGCAAAUCGAUUUAGGGAAGAAUCUAUGGGUGGAAAACGUUCGCAUCAAGAGUAAAAAAGAUCUAUCAAACAUUGACAUUAGAAUAGGUAAGAGACCAUUCAGAUAUGCAUAGAUGUCUUCGAACUGUUUUAGAGUGAAAAUUCAAAGAAUGUUCAUACCACACGUAACUGUUGCGGUUUCAAAGGUUCCCUAAUCUUAGCCACCCAAGGUUUGUGAUAAACUAUUGAUAAAUCAAUGAAAAAACGAAUCAAAAUACAGAAAGAAAAAAGAUUCAUAAAUGGAAUGGAUGAGCCAUGGCUACAGCUUAAAUUAUACGUUUUUAUAGGGAAUACAGAUGCUGAUCUUACGUCCAACCCAUUGUGUCUCAAAAGUCGUCGCAUCCCGAAAUUUACGCGCACCUCGUUCAGUUGUGCUGAGCCAAUGCUGGGAAGAUAUGUCUUUAUUGCAGCAAAAGACUACUUCCAACUAUGUGACGUACAGGUCUUCUUGAAUGGUAAGUGCCACCAGAAUUUUGUAAUUGCAGCUGAAUGUGUAAAUUCUCUCCUAUCAAUUCACAUCUACACUAGUAUAGUUUUGUUAUUCAUCUUUAGCUGAUGCAAUGGACAAAAACAUAAAGUACCUUGUUAAUAACAAUGGGAACGAUAAAGAGAUGCUGGAGCAAGGACAAUAUAAGUUUAGAGAUCAUUCACCACACGAGGUCUCCGCUGAGAUCAGUUUGUCGAAUCCUCGUCGGAAUGUAAGAGUGGAUAGGAAAGACCUCGUCAUCGAUCUUCCACCAAGAACAGGAAGCCUCACUUUUAACGCUGCAGUACUGAUCCCUGUGAAGCGGAGUAGAGACAGCCGUACGGAUAAAUGUGAGUCAAAUGGAGGCAAAAGUGAACAAAAGUACAUCAGUGGAGCUGUUGACAGGGCUCAAGGCAGCGAAGUGGUCACGGUCAAAACUCAUUACAAAAGUAAGCGAACCAUUGCAUUUCCCUUAUUCCCUAGACGACUGGUCAAUGUGUAGUAUUGGGCAAGACGCUUUACUCCCAUACUGCCCCUAUCCACCCAGGGGUAUAAAUAGAUACCGGCGAAUUGUCAGGGAGAUUGAAAUGCCGGGGGGUAACCCCGUGAUGGACCAACAUUCCUAUCCAAAGGGGAUUAAUAAUACUUAUAGUAGUUUUCAUACCAUAUAGAAACCGGGAUAAGCUCCAGCUGGGUGGGCCACUAAGCUCGAGUAAAGACUUCCUCUACCUUCUAUUGUUUGCUGAUCCUAAUGAUGAAGUAAGAAAAUUUUUGUUCAAUAGUGGAGAGAACGUGACAGUUAAUUGAUAGGGGCAAGCAGGAAGGAGGGGACAGGGAGGUUGAUAUCACCCUAAAAGAUGUCUCUAGGUACGAGCCAUGCUGACAUGUGACGUUGUUUUUGUUAGUUUAAUUGAUCAAAAGGGUAUCCAAAAGACUAUUGCAUAGCCCUUUUUUAGAUACACAAUACAUAUAAUGACAUCUCUACGACUUAUUGCACCGUUAUUCCUUACCAGCUUUGUUCUGUUUGCUGGCGCUUUUCAAGAGGGGGGGGGGUUUCAUCAAUAUCACUAAUCAACCAUCGUUCCGUUUUCAAUCAACUCUAGAUCUGAUAGCAUGGUUAACUUUGUUCCAUAUCUAUAACGUUUCAAUAGCUUUGUUAGAAAAGAAGAAAAAACAUACUUUCCGAUGUAGCAGAGAUGAUGUGCGCAUUAAAGGUAAAUGUACUUAGAGAUAAGUAAAUCAAUGUGUUAAAUAGCAACCGCUUUUCUUUUCUAUUUUGAUUCAACAUAUCUAAGCAAACAUCUGGAUCCACGGACAUCGAUCAUUUGAUUCCGGAUUGCGGAUCCAUGUAUAACACAGUCGAACUACCCUCUGUGGGUGACUAAUUUGCUUCUGACUAUAGAACUUUGAGACCGCUAAAUAUUUUUCUUUUUUUUCGCUAAGUAUGCCUUAAUCCAAAUUUUAAUCCAAAUACAUAGUUAGCUGGUCGAAUGUUGACUUUGUUCUUGUUUUCAUAGUUGUUUUUCCAUAUCGUAGACUUCAAGAAUGGUAGGCAAGCGAGUGAGUCAGAUAUUCAUGUCGUUUGUUCUUCACAGGUGACAUUUGUCAGUUGAAAAACAAAUGUGGCGACUUACAUGGAUCAAAAUGUGACACGAAAUUCAUAAGUCCGCUGUUUCCUCCUGGCUCUUACUACUGCAAGUGUAAUCCUGGUUUUGUCUCAUCGAGUUCUACAAAACUUCCCAUUGAUAACUAUGUAUUACCUGGAGAGAAAUGCAUUAAAGGUGAAAAAGGAAGCUAAUAGAUAAUAGCAAUAACCAACAUCGCCAUCAUCACAAUAAUGAUGAUAAUUAUAGAAAUCAUAAUAAUAACAAUAAUAAAAAGCAGUUUCACACGAGUUUCGGAAAACUCAAACCAAAGUAAUCACAAAAGCCAAUCGGAGCGAAAGACGACAUCACCAUAAGCCAAUAAGUCAAUUAGAGCUCAAAGUAAAAACAAGCAAACUGCAUAAAACGCGGGGAAACCCGAGUGUUCAAACUAAGACUGGUUCUAGUUUUGUAUCUGAUUGAUUAAGAGUGUGUCCACGAAAGCACCGGGUAGUCGUGCUACAUGCCAUCUCACCGAUUUCAAUGAAACUUUGUCAGUUUAAAGGGUCUACCCAAAACUCAAAAAUACAAAGUGGUUUCUGUUUUGGUUUUUUUCCGGGGGGAGAUAGACCACCCCCGGUUUUUCUUGGUUUUCUCCAAGGAAAUCGCUUCAAAAUAGGUAAAAUGUACGAAGCUCUCACUGCGAUGGUAUUUAACUAAUUACUCUGAGGGUUUGCACAAAUAUUAUUACAUCCUUAGUAAAUGUCUGACACAAGUAUCAGUCAAUUGAUUUAAGGCUUUUCAAUCAACAGAAGCAAAUAAACGACUGUGCUUUUAGACUUUCGAUACAUCCAAAUAUUUGACAACUUUGAGGUCAAAUAUCUCCCCUUGUCAGAGAGCUACAACACUAAUCUUAAUUCCCCUUUAUAAUCCAUCAUUUCAUCUUUGAACACCAUCAGAAAAAUAUUUGGGUACUGUCGUAUUUUUGUCUUGGAUGCCAUUUUAAAAUCUACGACACCUGUCAAGCAGUUCUAUAAUGAUGAUAAACAAUAAAAUUACAGACUUACGAAUAUUUUGUUCUGUACAACAGCCCUAUUUGCUGAUUUUAGCCAACCUCCAAAGUAAUAAACGACAUAAGAAAGAAACGCCACAAUUUUCCCAUCGAUUUUUCGCCUACAUGCAUCUCUCUAAACAUGAAAUUUUUCAUUCCUACGAAAAAUCUCGAAACUUUUUCGAAUUUUUUAGCUUUCUUGAUCAAUCAUCUUGUAUGAAGAGCAAAAAAAUGUAGGUUUAUUUGGUCAAGUGACCGGCUAGGGCCAGAAUUGCGUGACAGGUGUAGUUGAAAGAAACUUAUGACAGUCGCAGAUUUUUAAAGGCACCAGAGACAAAAAUGCGGUAGUGCCCAAAGAUUUUUUUGACGGUUUUCAGAGAUGAAAUGAUGGAUUAUAAAGGGGAAAUAAGAUUAGUGUUGUAGCUUUCUGGCAAGGGGAGAUAUUUGACCUCAAAGUUGUCAAAUAUUUGGAUAAAUCGAAAACUCUAAAAUCAUAGUCGUUUAUUUGCCCCCUGUUGAUUGACAAGCCGUAAAUCAAAUUGACUGAUACUUGUGUCAGAAAUUUACUAAGGAUGUAAUAAUAUGUGUGCAAACUCUCAGAGUAAUUUGUUAAAUACCAUCGCAGUGAGAGCUUCAUACAUUUUACCUAUUUUGAGGCGAUUUCCUUGGUGAAAACCGAGAAAAACCUAGAAAAACCGGGGGGUGGUCUAUCUCCCCCCGGAAAAAAACCAAAACAGAAGCCACUUUGUCUUUUAAAGUUUUGGGGUAGACCCUUUAAACUGGCAAAGUUUCAUUGAAAUCGGUGAGACGACAUGUAGCACGACUGCCCGGUGCUCUCGUGGACACAUUCUUAGGAACGUGGCGCGAGUUUUCUGGACCAAUCAAAGAGCAAAGUCAAACAAAACCAAAGUAAACAUGGUUUGUUUUCUACACUUAAUGGAAAACUAAAUUAGUUGCACUAGGAUGUAAUUGACUUCGCCUAAUUCUGUCAUCAGGACGGCCACCACAGAUAUGGCAUAGCAAACAGAAUCUUGCCUUACUGAAAAAAGUGAUUGCUUCCUCGACCGACAAUCUUGAAGGAUGUGAAAAGGAGAAAUGUAAACACAAAGAGGCUUUUCCUCGGUUUGUAGUGGAUGGCAAUCCUAGGACGUGUUUCAGGUCCCACACAGAAGACAAACCUUGUCUGAUUGUGUAUCUUGGUGACUUACAACCUGUGUCUUUGGUUCGAAUUCAGUCUGCAGAGAAGCAAACUAAAAAAAGAAACACCGGCCUGAAAGACGUGGGCAUUUUCGUAGGUAUGACAACACCUGGGUUCAGGAUAAUAUUUAAAUGCAAACACGAUGGGAGUAAAGCACAUCCCGGCACAAGACGCAAAAGAAUAAAAUUGUCAGUAGGUGGGACUGGCUAAUCAAGAAAAUAUGUCUCUGAAGCGGCCAACAGAUAUGUUAGCAUUGGAUAAUCUUUAACAGGAACAUGCCUAGCUGACAGCCGUUACGAAAAAAAAAAUAUGAACGAUGGUGGUAUAAUUAAACUCUAAACUAAAAUUGUCGAAUGGCAAUCACUUUGAAGUAUAUCGUUCUUCACUCUCUAAUUUAGCAUUUCAUUUUGUACAAACUGUUGAAACUCUUUUUCGUAAUUUCUCUGCCAUCUUUUUUCCCUGCUUUUCUUUAUGGAAUACUGUUGUUUGUUAAGGUGACAGGAAUCAUUUCAUGAAAUGCGCCUUUGAGGAAUUGCUAAUUGACGGCAAAGAGACGAGCUAUGGAUGUAGCUCAGAACCCUAUGUCUUUGGAAAUUCUGUCAAGAUAACUACUAAAGCCCCAGUACUGCGAUUAUGUGAAGUUGAAGUGUACGCUAACUCAUAUGGUAAGAACCACAGUUGACAUAUUCUUUUUUAAGCUUUAAAUAGCGACGGCCAUGGCAAUCAAUUGAAGCAGAUCAUCUCUGAUUUUGACAACACUUCAGUGUUGCUAAGGGUAGCACGAAUUGCUUUCAAGAACUGACUUUGGAAGCUUGGUUUAUCAACCAAUGAACGCAUUCCUCCUAACAGAUGUUAACAACUACAUACAUAAUGCACUUAAUCAUUAACGAUGUUGAAGUGACCAACUAACUAAUCACAACCGAAUUAUGCUCCCUAGGUCAUACUAACUGCAUAGACUUAAACAGACUAGCAACUCUUCAACUGACUCGAAUCAUGAAUCUUACACGUAGGAUGUCAAAAAGUUUAUCAUUGUACCAUAUUUAAUUGAUUAAACGUCACGGCGUUUAUUAAAUUUUUCGUGAUAUGAGUGCUGCUUUAAUUGGAGGGCGGCGUUUAUUUAAAAUCCAAUUCAUUUCUUGCCAACAAUAGUAUGGUAACUGCCCAUUAUCAUUUAAAAAACAAAAACAUGUUUUAGUACUUGUCAUUUUCUAUAUCGUUUUCAGUUUCACAAUUUGUUUGUUAAUACUAAUGCAAUACAUAAAGGGAAUAAAGUUCACUCAAUUUCAAUGUCACUGUCCUCUCCAUGAAACGAGUUCAAAAGAUGUAACGUCGGAUAUGCUUCCUCAACAUCAGAACUGGUACAUUUAAGGGCUGUCCUUCCUUGAGGCAGUGAACCCUUAUCGUCUUUCGACCCGUCCACGAGAAGAUUCAACGUGCAGUUUAAGAGAGAGUUUUUGUUUACCUCUGUGGGUAGGUUGCCAAAGAAUCAAGAAUCCACAGCAAUUUUUUCUUUCUCGAGGUUGCUUUCAAAUUUCCAGCAGCUGUUUCUUUGUGAAUUCCCGGGGUACUCAGCCAUUCAUCAUACUUUUCGGUGCAAGCGGCCUUGAACAGCUUGUUCCAGCAAACAUCUGGUGCCUGGAUGUACCUGGAUAUACUUUCUUCGAUGUAACACUCGAAGGAGUCCCAGGUUAAUAGCGAUCAACCACCUACCUGUAUAUCAUUGCCAUAGUAGUCUGCUGUGUGCUUUUUGAGUCUAUUAUUCGAAUAAACGGCGCGUGAUGACGCGGCGUUCAUUCGAGGGCGACGUUUUACGAUAUUUCUGCUCUAAAAUGCGGCGGUUAUUCGAAGGUGGUGGUUAUUCGAGGGCGGCGUUUAAUCGAAUUAAUAGUUCAUUUUUGGGUGACCUAUACCCAUUAAACCACGCAAUUAAAUGUUAGUGAUCUUUUCAAGACAUUUGCUGAAUGAAGAGACCUCUCUGAGGUCUGUGAUUUGCUGCCAUGGUUUUUGUAUCCUACUCAUUUACUCUCGAUGUACAGGAAACAUCAUCGGAAAGAAGCAGAAGGCAUUUGGCCCUGCAGCGAGUCGUUUUGCUAUCGACGGAGAUGCAAGCACAUGUUUUAAAGCCAAAAACGGUAGGCAGCGGAACUGGAGGGUGAACCUUGGAAAAAAUGUUCGAGUGGCGCGUGUUUUCUUAUUAUUACACGCCAAAUUUCGAUGGAAAAGUACGUCAAUUGACAUCGGUAAGUUUUCCUCUUUCAUUACUCCUUCCUUUUCCUUUUCCUUUUUUUUUUUUGUAUCUUUUCCGUUGUUUUCCCGUUCGUUCUUUUUUUUUUAAUUGAUAGCUUCUAAAAGAGUAUGUAUUGUGUCCUAUUGGAGAGCUACAAGGGGCAUGACAUCAUCCAAGAUUGCCUUUGAGUUUAUCGUACUCGAUAUUGGAUGACUACUGAGCGAAAAAAAUAAAUAGACGAUGUCAAGAAUAGUAAAGUAAAAUUUAAGGGUCAAUUUCAUGCUUUUGAACCAUCCUUAUUCCCCAAGAAUUACGAAAACGAGGCAAAUCCGCUUAAAAAUUGUUCGACCUGCUUUUGCGCACAUAACUUUGAAAAUUGACGGAAUUCUUCAAUGUCUUAUUUUUUUUUUUAGAUACCAAAGUAUGCCUUAAUAUCAAUGUAUAUGGGGCGAGAAAAGGAAAUUACUUUGAUUGCGGUCACCCAGUUACUGGAGAUGACAUGGUCAUCAUGUGGCCAUCGAAGUAUAUAGAUUAUAUACAGCUCUGUGAAGUGGAGGUUUUCCAAACGAAGAUAAGUAAGAAUACGCUUUCAUCAUUGAUUUUUUUAUCAAGUUUCUCGGACAAAGUUUUAGACAGAGCUUUAUUGUUCGAUGAUUGUAUUGCUCACACUUAAAAGUUCAUUUCCUUUAGUUAACCUGGCAGGAAAGCGUCCUACAAAGUCCUCGACAAAUGAAAAGGAAUCAUACAGAGGCUGUGAUCAGAAACUUGGUGAGUACAGCAAUAUUAAAAAGAAAAAGACCGGGACAAAUUUACGUUAAGUUAAAAUAAUCUUAUGAUAAAUGUAUUUCACACUAAUCUGGCAUGAAAGAUAUUUCAGUUAGUCUUUUCAGCUUUUAUCUGUUGAAAAAAUUAUUAUUUAAAGACAUUUUUGUGUAACUUUACGAUUAACCACUGUUGCUGUUCCAUUUUAGACAAACCCUUCUCCACUGGGGUCGGAUCGCGUUCGAAACAAAUAAAAUGGUGGUCGGUUGAUUUAAUAGCAUUAUGCAAAAUCCAUCUGGUGCGCAUUGUGACUGCCUCAGGCUACAAACCGGAACACCUCAAGGGUUUAAAAAUUCAAGCUGGUAAGUAAACAUGGCUUUCUACCGCAAAUCCAUCAUCUUAAUAGCUUAUCCAUGAUUGCUUCCCUUUUCGGAAUUGGCAAUACAUGGAAGAGAUUAGGUUUAGCUUAUGAAUAAGUCAUUUUCCCGAGAAACUCGUCAGUUUGAAGCAGAUAUUAGGUUACUUUUAUCAUUAACAGAUGAUGGUGAAAAUGCUUUUGGGAAAGGACGUCAUGUGGCUAGUCUGGAUUCUCCAAAUGAAGAGCCUGUUCAGACCAUAAUUCUUCAAAAAAAUAUCAAAGCAAGGUUUGUUACCCUUGCUCUUCACAAGGAACGUCUAGAACUUCAGUUCCGUGAAGUGGAAAUCUACAAUGGUCCUUUGUUAGGUAACGAUAUAGCAUCCUUGGUUGCGAUAAAUUUAUGCUUCUUUAAAACUCAUUUGCUCAAUUGUCCUCGAAAUUUAUCUCUGCAGAGAACUCACGGCUCCACACCUAAAAUAUAGAUACCAUUUUGACAACAAGCCUAAGGCUAUAAUUCCAAUUGGAAGCCAAGAUUUUCACUUGAACAAGUGUUCAACUUCAGGGCCAACCCUGUAAUUCAGUUAGUUUUCUACAUGUUGCAGAGAUCCAGCAACAAGCAGAAAUUUAGUUCUACUUUACCACAGAUGCAUUCAAAAGGAACUCUUAUAAUAUAUUAGACUAUUGAUCUUUAAGCAAUUUACCACACACUUUUAAAGGGGUAAUUCCUUUGAUCAGGGCCCAGUCGUUCGAAGGUUGAUUACUGCUUACUCAGAGUUAAAUUUUAAUCCGGAUUUCUUUAUAAUUUUGUUCAACCACCUCUCUCGGAUAAUUUCCUCUACUCUUCGAAAGACAUUCAAUCAUCAAAUUGUAGACAAAAAGAAAUGUACUGACUUUGAACAACCUGACCCAGAGGAAUUUCAUUUUAAUAUUCCACUGAAAUUUUUUUUCCAAGCUAUUGAUGAUUGUAAAAGACCUGACAUUUGUCCAAACAACUUAAAAUGUGUAAAUGGGAAGAAAUCCUAUAAAUGUGUGUGCCCUGAUGGAUUCAGAAAGGUUGGAUCAAACAAAUGUGAAGGUAAUUUUCUUACUCUGUUAUUAUUAUGAUGAUGAUUAUUACUGAUUAUUAAUAUUAUUACUAAUACAAGUAUUAGUAUCAUUAUCAUUAUUUUGAUUUCCCAAAAACAGGUAUAUAAAAUUUUAUAGAGGAUGUCUUAUGCAUGAUAUUCAAUUUAUUUGCUUUAUUCGCACGGUAAAGAAUCCCGAAAUCUGAUUGGUUCUUUGCGUGGUUCAGAUUUUCCGUACUCUACCAAAAGGCACAUUGAGUAACGCUUUUGUGAGUCGCCGAGAACAUUCCUAGGUUCUUUGCUAUUUCCGUAAAGAUGUCAGUUUCAAGCCGAUAAAUAACUUAAAAAUUAUUUCCCCAAUGAUGGGUUGACAUGCCGUCUAAAAAACAGUUUGUAAUGUCACAAUCUUUCACAUAGAAUACCUCGAAAAGUUAGAAACUUGAGGUAUUUGAUUACCAUUAGAUAUAUCAAUGUAACUUUUAUUUAUUUAAUUCCUGAAUUCUCCAAAACAAUUUUUUCAUUGUAAAGGUUGAGCAAAGUUUUGACUUGCACAACAAGUACACUUUCAGUAAGUCUUUGCGAGUCCGUUGAAUUUGGACAAUUGUACCAUAAAUAACACAACAGAAACAGAAAAAAUUAAAUGGAUAAAGCUGCAUUGAAUCCCCCGAGUUUUUUUCUGUGCAAGAAAGAACAGUUUUUAAACACGUUCUUGCAGCGAACAAACAAACAAACAAACUCUCACAACUUCAAAACACUCAGUUAAAUUUACUUACUGUGAAUUUUCGCGCCGUUUAAAAGUGAACAGAGGCAAAUCGUUGAAUAUUAAUUGUCGAUGGAAGUGAAAAAUUAUUUUUGUAAGAACAAUGAAGAGAAAAUCGUCGUAAUACCCAUGUAACUCGAGAUUGUUUUCCAAACCACAAGUGCUGUUCAUUCAACAGUUGACUGAGCUCUUUGUUUUGCUAUGCCCUUUCUAAUUGACAAGUGUCAGAUUUUGAGAGAGACUUAGGAAAAAAAUAUGUCAACCUUUGCCUGAAAGGCUUUUUAACUCAACUUUAUCAUUACAAAAAUAAAAAUGCUUCGGUGAAGCCUCUCUACCUCUCUAAUGUGCAUUGCCUUUGUUUAUUCUACUAUCUAUUAGUAACAAAAAUGUCGGUAACUGUACCCUCUAUCUUAUGUACCGCUCUCGGCUUGCGACCUCGGACGGUAUCCAAGACCUCGGGAACUGUUUUGACCAAUACGGACCUCUUUCUGCUUUUGAAGACGUUCAUGCAUACAAAAAUUCAAUGAUUAUAUCAACUAAUAUCUAUCUUGCAAUCAUCAUUAUCGAUAUCGAUUCCGGAAAAAAGGGCUGAAGACGAAUGCCUCAGUCUCGUACUCAGUCCACAAAAUAUUACCAGUAGCCUCUCAUUCAAGAAAAGAGAGGGCAUCAAAAGUCGAACUUGCGCAAUAGGUCCGAUGGUAGCUCGGCAUUUGAACGAGUUCUGUGUUAGUAUUCUCAUUACAGAAAAUAUACGAGGAGCUUUUUAAACUUUCGUGGGGUAAUAAGACAUGUAAGAACAGCAAAAGCUUCUUUCUACAUCAAAUAUUGAUCAAAAUCAGUUCAAACCCCAAUUGGGCUUGAUUUUGCAAAGUUUUUAGCGUCGGCUUUGUUUACACCAUGUUAAAUGAAAAGGUCACGGCGUAUGUAAAGUUAGAAUUGAAAGCUUAUCUGAUAUCGCGGAAUGGUUCAAAAGAAGUCUACCUGCUCACGUCCAUUGUUGAGUCAAAUUUUGCCAUACUUCAUUAUUGCACGAUUUUAACAUGUCCUUGGUUUUCCGAAUCGACAGAGAGAAAGGACUGCAUUCCCCCCUGUGCUGCAAAGGACUCCAUCUGUGUUAAGUCCUUCAAGUCUUACAUAUGUAAGUGUCCAUACGGAUUUAAUCCAUCGUUUGGUCAUAAAGGAGUUCUUCUUCAUUGUCAAGGUAUGACAAAGUUGCAUGUUUUAGUUUUUUGAUGCCAUCUAAAGAAGAAAAUAGAAACACUCUGACGUCUACUUUCAUUUAAAGUCAAAGAGAAAUACCCCUCCGGCUGCUGUUAAAAAAACAUAUCAUGGCGCCCUUGUGUUCUGUAUCUCCUCCCACUCUACCUCCCUCCCGAACUAUUCUUAACCAUAUCUUUUGUGUUAUAUUAAAUAUGCAAUCCAGUGACUUCGGUGUAUUGUAUAAUCUACCUCAAACCAAUUUCAGAUAUUAACGAGUGCGAAAAACCGACGUUAAACAAAUGUGGAAAAACAUCCACUUGUGUCAAUGAACCAGGUCAUUACAACUGCACCUGUAGGAAUGGAUUUGUCUUGGACAAAAGUGGCCAUAAACUUGAAUGUAAAGGUUAGUUUUCUGUACCUAUUGCAAAAUAAAUGAUAUAUAUAUAUAUCUUUCAGUCGGUUGAAUCGAGGUGUGAAAGUUAAAAUGCAUGUUCUAUGAUGUUUGUCUCGAAAGAACUGGGAUGGGCGUUGUUAAAAAAGGAUGAUCUUUCGUGCGUGAUACGAGCAAAGAACAAAACUUUCUUGGCGAAUUCACCUAUCAAAUCAUUGUUAUCGUUUCACAAAUAUUUCUUAUGAGUAAGAAAUUAAUUGGUCUCGUCAUAACCUGAAUUCUUGUUAUGGUCCAGCUACACCGGCGGACCUCCAUUGCUUGAAUGGCAUUUUAUCUUGGAGGAUCACUUACAAUCCCUCUGUUCAUACAUAUUUUUCUCUGAUACAAAUAUUGCGUCUGUCACCCUUGUAAGUUUAUAGCUUUUUAUUAUUUUUCUCUAGAUAUCGAUGAAUGCGCAGUGAAAAAAUCUUGCCACGUGGACGCCUCGUGUUUUAACAGCCCUGGUUCUUUUAAUUGCACGUGUUCCCAUGGAUUCGGUGGAGAUGGCUACAAGUCCUGCUUACGUAAGAAAGGCUGUCACUAUCUCUUUAUGAGGUUCAAAUGAAUGCAGUUAUUUAGCCCCUUAAGCGACCAUCGUGGCCGUUCGACAUCUCUACAACAGGUUCCGCCAUAGGAUGAUUUUUGUAAAUCUAAAACCGUUUCACCCCUCCCCCCCAUGAACAAUGAAAUUAAAUGGUAAUAAUUGUUCUGAAAAAGUUUUUUUCAAGCGAAUGGAAUUCGAAUGAAGCACGAUUUCUCUAUCAUACCAGAACUACCUCGCUGUUCCAAUGGCAAGUGCAAAGAGAAUUUAAUUUGUAAAAACUUCAAGGAUACUGACCUGUGUGAUUGCAAAGGAGGCUAUCAUUUCAACGGCAAGAUCUGUGUUGGUAGGACAUUGUCUUCAUCAUCAUUAUUGAGCAAAGAGAGUAGUUAUUAAACGAUACAAGCCUCUACCAUUUACCUUGCAUGGUCAUAAUACUUUAUAACACGUCGCGGUAAAGCUUAGUAACGAAAAUUCUCGGGAUAGACAGGGUUUUCCUUCGGAAGGUUGAGUUGGAAGUUAUUUUUUAUGAAAAUGUCAAUUUUUGUGUGUGUACUAUUUGCUCAAUCGUCACACGUAACUGUCGGUUAAAUGGCUCCAGCAGUUUACUUCUUCUCUCCGUUUAAAUCUUACUUCCAUCACAGUGAACAACCAAAACAAAAGUAAAAACGAGAAUAGGUUCUGUUUACAGCAGAACUUGACCUUAAAUAGCCUUGCGCUUGGUUCAGACUGAACAACUUCCCAUAGAGCAAUUCGGUUUCGAAUGUAGACAGAUUCAAAUCAAGAUUUGAGCGCCUAGUGAUUCAGCCACUAAGCUAGUUCCUGGCUAAGCUAAGUGGGAAGAACGGUUGAGCUCUUCCAAAUUGCAGAAGCUGUUCUUAAUUGUUCAGACAUCGUAUGUACUUAACUCCAAUUGUCAAGGCUGGCUUAUGAAUAGUUCCUGUCUCGUCCGUGAGUCAACUGAUAACUUAACCUCUUAUCUCCUCAUCUUCUAGACACAAAUGAAUGUCAAUUGGUCAAAAAUAUCUGCGGUCCAAACUCCGUUUGUUCAAACACUCGGGGAUCUUACCACUGCAACUGUGAAGUUGGCUUCAGGAGUAAAGAGGACAGUGGAAAAAACUGUUACGGUGACUUUUGGUUGAUGUGACCUUCUAAUAUAAAUGGGCAAGCUGCUAUGAGGGUUAAAAACAUUUCAAGAAUAUCUUUUAUCGUAAAAAUAAGCUUAGUCGGCCCGGAGGACGUCCGUAUGGCAAUUCACUGUGCUUGAGGUCUUGAAUACGGCUCGAAGCCGAAGGCCAGGGCGGUACCCAAGACAAAGGGUACAGUUUUUUCCCAUACAGACCGACCUAUACCGGUAAAUAACUUAGUUAUUUUUCUGCUGGUUUCCUUUUCCCGCUUUGCUGCGAAUGGCCAAUCAAAGCGCUCAACCCGGCUCUAUAAAUAAUUGACUCAUUACACUUAUGCUAUCUACUGACAUUUGUUAUCGUAGAAAUAAACGAAUGCGAGAAAAAAUACAUAUGUGGUCCUACAGCAGUGUGUGAGGACACCUAUGGAUCAUACAAAUGCAACUGCCCGGAUGGAUUUUUUUUCAAUAAAACAAACAAGAAAUGUGAAGGUGAGAAACAUUGCCCUUUUUUAAUCUUAAGAAUAAAUGACUUUUCUUCGACAUCCAUAUCGAUUUCAAAUAAAACGCGUGUUUAUGAGUUUAAGUAGAAUUUCAAAAUUUUGACCGUCAUAUCUCUCUCUACUUUCUCAGAUAACGAUGAGUGCACAAUUAGUCAUUCGUGUCAUUCCAAUAUGAUUUGUACAAAUACAUUUGGAUCCUACUCCUGCAGCUGUGACCAAGGAUAUCGCUCAGAAAAAUUAUAUUGUGCAGGUAAUGAUUAG